CAACUGAACUGUCACAUGACAUUCUAUUCUAGGGUGUUGUACUAGUUAUAAGACAAUUUUUGGAAAAUGCCAAUUUGCGGUCCAAAAUGUUCCCUAUGCGGGUUGAUAAUUAGUGCAUGGGGAAUUGUUCAACUGGCCUUCAUGGGGAUCUUUUACUAUGUAAAAGCAGUUGCUCUAGCUGAAGAUAUACCACAUGUUGAAUACGAGGGAGAUCUAAAUGAAUUCUAUCUUCAAGUUGAUAAAGGGUUUCAGCAGAAUGCUUAUAAUUGUUGGAUAGCAGCUUUACUGUACUUGAUAACAAUGGCCAUUUCAGCACAUCAAUUCUGGGCUAACAAUCGUUCAUCUUUAAAUGUCUAAUAUUAUUAAGAUUAUAUAAAAUUUUGUUGAAUUUAUAUUCAGAAAACUUAUGGCGAAUUCUGUACAUACUUCCAUGUUUUUUUUUUUCGUUACAUUCCUAUGUGUUUUUGUUAGUCCCAAGUAUAUUCUAUUAGAGUAAUAAACUAGAAUUAGAGAGUGGAAUGUA